CCGGCCAAAUUUCUCUACCUUAAUUCUCUUUCCCCCCCCUUCCCCUUCGACGAGCACGACGAACGACAACGCAGUUUCACCCAGCUUCCGAACUGCAUAAUAACCGGCACCAUGUCUGACGGCGGCGAGAUCGAGGUCGAGAGCGUCCAGUACGACGUCCUCCCCAAGGACGUUGUCAAGGAGGUCGGCAACAUCAAGCUCUUCAACAAGUGGGACUACGAUGUCGAGGUCCGCGAUAUCUCUCUAACUGACUACAUCUCCCUCCGGAACCCCGUCUACAUCACCCACUCGGCCGGUCGCUAUGCCACCAAGCGCUUCCGCAAGGCCAACUGCCCCAUCAUUGAGCGCCUGACCAACUCGCUCAUGAUGCACGGCCGCAACAACGGCAAGAAGCUCAUGGCUGUCCGCAUUGUCGCCCACGCCUUUGAGAUUAUCCACCUCAUGACCGACCAGAACCCCAUCCAGGUCGCCGUCGACGCCAUCGUCAACUGCGGUCCCCGUGAAGACUCCACCCGUAUCGGUUCCGCCGGCACUGUCCGUCGCCAGGCCGUCGACGUCUCCCCCCUGCGCCGCGUCAAUCAGGCCAUCGCGCUCCUGACCACCGGCGCCCGCGAGGCCUCUUUCCGCAACAUCAAGAGCAUCGCCGAGUGCCUUGCCGAGGAGCUGAUCAACGCCGCCAAGGGCAGCAGCAACUCGUACGCCAUCAAGAAGAAGGACGAGCUGGAGCGUGUCGCCAAGUCCAACCGGUAAACGCGUUUCACUCGGGAAGGCUGGGGAUCCGACGGGGAACGCGACACGCUUCGAACCAGAAUGUCCCAAAAUGGGAAAAAGGUGUAUCGUCGUGUGCUUUUUUUUUCGUUGGUUCUGGGGGAUGGCAGAUACAGGGAGGGUCCAAGAAAAAAAUCACCCAAGGGGUUCGGAGAGGUGGGAUUGCGUAUUGAGACAACUACGGAAAAGAGGCGUGGGAUUUGUUUUUGACACAGGCAUCCUUGCAAACGGCGGCGGCAUAGGAACGGACGGCGCCCCCGCCUUUGCUGCGUUUGUGCGUUAAAGGUGACACUUUGGGAACGCGGCUACGGCAUCUUGUCUCUUACGGCUCUAGGUGGUUUCUCCCAAUAUAUGCCAGGCUCGGUUAUGAGCACCAU